GCGCGCGCGUCUUGCGUUUAUAUAUGUGGUGGGCGCGUGAACCGGCAAGUGAACCGAGCAGGGGUGGCUCGAGCCAGCAGGAGCAGAGCUUUUAGCAAGGCAGCCCGCAAGCGCUCAGCUAGCAACCGAGCGCACCUUCCAGCAGCGAGACAUGGUUAAUUCCACCCCCGGGAUCCUUCUGCUGCCGGUGUUAAUAUACCUCCAACAGUUUACGGAUGUUCACGGAACUAAGACGGAAUGCGAGGCCAACCAGUUUCAGUGUGAAAAUGGACGUUGCAUCACAUCUGUCUGGAAGUGUGACGGAGAUGAGGACUGUGCCGAUGGCAGCGAUGAACGCUCGUGUGUGAAAAAGGUUUGUCCAGACACUGACUUUGUAUGUCGUAACGGUCAGUGCGUUCCAAAGCGAUGGCACUGCGAUGGGGAGCCAGACUGUGAGGACGGGUCAGAUGAGAGUGUAGAAAUCUGCCACAUGCGGACAUGCCGUUUGAAUGAGUUUAGCUGCGGGGCAGGCACCACUCAGUGUAUCCCUAACUUCUGGAAAUGUGAUGGUGAAAAGGACUGCCACAAUGGAGAAGACGAAGUCGGCUGUGGUAAUGUGACCUGCGCUCCAAAUGAAUUCACCUGUGCCAGUGACCGCUGCAUCUCCCGAAACUUUGUAUGCAAUGGCAAGGAUGACUGUGGCGAUGGCUCUGAUGAGGUGGAGUGUGCGCCGUCUUCCUGUGGUCCCAGUGAAUUCCAGUGCGGAAACUCGUCAUGCAUCCCUGCCAGUUGGUUGUGUGAUGAUGACGUUGACUGUCAGGAUCAAUCGGAUGAGUCUCCGUCGCGCUGUGGCCGACACCCAACACCACCGGCCAAAUGCUCAACUAGUGAGAUGCAAUGCCAUUCAGGAGAGUGUAUACACAAUAGGUGGAGGUGUGACGGUGACACCGACUGCAAAGAUGGCAGCGAUGAAGCCAACUGUCCCGUACGCACCUGCGCAGCAGAUCAGUUCAAAUGCGAGGACGGGAACUGCAUUCAGGGCAGCAGACAAUGUAACGGCAUGAGAGAGUGUGCUGAUGGUUCAGAUGAAGUCAACUGCAAAAACUUGACUCAGUGUAAUGGACCAGAGAGGUUCAAAUGUCGCAGCGGGGAGUGUAUCGAGAUGAGCAAAGUGUGCAACAAGGCCCGAGACUGUCCUGACUGGAGCGACGAACCCAUAAAGGAAUGCAACGUCAACGAGUGCCUAAUGAACAAUGGGGGCUGUUCACACAUUUGCAAGGACAUGGUAAUUGGCUUUGAGUGUGACUGUAUACCUGGACUGCAGCUCAUCGACCACAAGACCUGUGGAGACAUCAAUGAGUGUCUGAACCCUGGCAUCUGCAGUCAGAUCUGCAUCAACCUAAAAGGAGGAUACAAGUGUGAAUGUCACAACGGCUACCAGAUGGAUCCAACUACAGGAGUCUGUAAGGCCGUGGGUAAAGAGCCCAGUCUGAUUUUCACAAACCGCCGUGACGUCCGUCGUUUGGGUCUGGAGGGGAAGGAGUACACUCAAAUUGUGGAGCAGCAGAGAAACACGGUUGCUCUGGAUGCAGAUUUUGGCCAGCAGAUGAUGUUUUGGGCCGACCUGGGACAGAAGGCCAUAUUGAGCACGGUGCUGGACAAACGAGGGGAUGUGGGCGUCCACCAUAAAGUGAUAGAUAACGUCCACUCUCCUGUGGGAAUCGCUGUGGACUGGAUAUACAAGAACCUGUACUGGUCUGAUCUGGGUACCAAAACCAUCUCUGUCGCUAACUUUAACGGAACCAAGCAGAAAAUCCUGUUCAACAGAGGCCUGAAAGAGCCGGCUUCCAUUGCUGUGGAUCCUCUGUCUGGGUUCCUGUACUGGUCUGACUGGGGUGUGCCAGCAAAAAUUGAGAAGUCUGGUAUGAACGGAGUGGAUCGGCAGAUUCUGGUAGCAACAGACAUCCAGUGGCCAAAUGGAAUAACCCUUGAUCUAAUCAAAGGCAGGUUGUAUUGGGUGGAUUCAAAGCUGCACAUGCUCUGCAGUGUUGACCUGAAUGGAGACAACAGGAAGAAAGUUCUGCAGUCUUCAAACUACCUAGCGCACCCCUUUGCUCUCACCGUUUUUGAGGAUCGUGUCUUCUGGACAGAUGGUGAGAAGAAAGCCAUCUAUGGAGCAAAUAAAUUCAGUGGCUCAGAUGUUGUGACACUGGCCAACAACCUGAAUGAUCCACAAGACAUCAUUGUUUAUCAUGAGCUGAUUCAGCUAUCUGGAACAAACUGGUGUGCCGAGAGAGGUGAAAACGGGGGCUGCAGCUUCAUGUGUUUGCCAGCACCGCAAAUCAACAAACACUCCCCCAAAUAUACCUGCAUGUGUCCAGAAGGGCAGGAACUUGCUGCUGAUGGCCUACGUUGCAAACCUGAAGCCAACGUGAGUACAUCAAUCCAGGUGAACACUGCAGCCAGAGGCUCUGCGGCAGCAUGGGCAGUACUUCCUGUGUUGGUGUUUGCCAUGGCGGUGGCAGGCGGCUAUUUGAUGUGGAGAAACUGGCAACUGAAGAAUCAGAAAAGCAUGAACUUUGACAACCCCGUCUACCUGAAGACCACAGAAGAAGACCUCAACAUUGAUAUCACGCGGCACAGCACAAACGUGGGGCACACAUACCCAGCGAUUUCAAUAGUGAGCACAGAGGAGGAUUUAUCGUGACCAUCUUGGUGUUGGUUUUUUUUGGUAAUGGGAGCUCAUGGCGCCUCCUUGUUCCCAUCUUGGUUGUCCAAACGGCAGCCUCGCUCACAGAACGACCCUAUGCCCCAUGAAGUGCAUUAUGUAUUAUCACCGGUGAAGGUAACUGGAAGAAAUGUUAUUUAUUAUGUACAUAGUUAUACACCCCCCAUCUCUCCUGCUGUCCAUUCCUGUGUCCAACAGUAUUGUUUGCAUCAAAUAUCAGAUGCGAGGAACAACACAGGGAAUUGCAACCAUUUAUUUUUCCUCAGCGUUUAAUGGUCGGCUGGCUUUUGAAAUGACUUGGACUUGUACCCAGUCCCUCUCUCACCAAGUACAUCGGUGAGAUCUGCUGGACAGGUUUAGGGGCGGGAAGAAAAAAAAAACAGCAUCUUGCCUUCAAACCAUCCAGGUUCCGUAAAUCAUGUCUUCAUUCCUGCAGUACCUCCUGAGUGUACGUGUUUUCUGACACUGAUUGGGGAUGCAAGAGGUUCCAUAUGUUCAGUAUUUGUAAACAUUGUACAUAUUUAGCCAUCAUCACAGAGAUGAUUGUCAAUCAGGAUUCUAUUCAAUGCACUUUUGGAUCAAAUGUUCUUGUGUAAAUAAGAUUGUAUACAUUUGACAUGAGAUCUUUUGCUAUGGUUAGGCAUUGUAUUGGGGUCAAAUGUAUUUAACGGGGGGGGGGGACAUGAUUUGGU